AUGUUUGAGAAAGUUUUAUAUAUUUUAUUAAGUUAUUAUUGUUUAAGUUCCUUUGCAUUUACAAUUCAUUCUCAAUCGCCAAAAAGUGAGGAUGAAAGUUUUUUGGAAAUUCCACAUUAUCAUUCAAAUGAUGAACUUGCUGACUAUUUAUUAAAGCUACAAAAGAAUUACUCUAAAAUUCUUGACGUACGAACAAUUGGAAAAUCAUUGGAUGGAAACGACCUUAUUGUCGCUAGAAUCUACAAAGAUGUUCAACGUCCCCGAAGCAUUUUGGUGCCAAUGUUUAAAUAUGUUGGUGGAAUGCACGGUGAUGAGACAGUUGGCAGGCAAUUGCUUAUUUACUUGGCUGAAUACUUAGUGAAAAAUUAUGGAGUUAUUCCCGAAGUAACAGAUCUCGUCGAUACAACAGACAUUUAUCUCAUGCCAUCCAUGAAUCCAGAUGGUUUUGCCAAGAGUCGUGAAGGCUCCUGUGAGUCGAUGCAAAACUAUUAUGGACGAUAUAAUGGAAAUGGCAUAGAUUUAAAUCGGGAUUUCCCCGAUCGUUUAGAUCGUAUGGACAAUCAAUUGAUUAGCAAAAUUUAUGAUACACGACGACAGCCUGAAACAUUAGCUCUUAUUGACUGGAUCAAAUCCAAUCCAUUCGUAUUGUCUGCAAAUUUACAUGGUGGUGCAGUCGUUGCUUCAUACCCAUACGAUAACACAAUGUCUCAUCAUGAUUGUUGUGAAGAUUCUCCAACACCUGACGAUUCCGUCUUUAGAUAUUUAGCACGAACUUAUGCUAAGAAUCAUCCAGUAAUGAAGGAUGGUAAUGACUGUAAUGAAACAUUCCCUAAUGGUAUAACUAAUGGAGCAUAUUGGUAUGAUUUGAGUGGUGGCAUGCAAGACUUUAACUACGUAUUCAGCAAUUGCUUUGAAAUCACAUUGGAAUUGUCAUGCUGCAAGUUUCCAUCACGUAGAGAACUACCAACAGAAUGGCAGAAGAACAAAAGAAGUUUAUUGGAAUAUUUAAAGUUGGUUCAUAUGGGCGCAAAAGGAGUUGUUAAAGACAUCAAUGGAUAUCCAAUUAAGGGUGCAGAUAUCUAUGUACAAGGCAUGGAAGAAAAGCCAAUUAGGACAACUGAUCGUGGUGAAUACUGGAGAUUAUUAACACCGGGUACAUACAAUAUUCGAGCUAUCGCAUUCGGAUUUGUCCCAUCACAUUAUGUAAACGUUGUCAUCAAGGAAGGAGAAUCGACAGCCAUUGUUGACUUUACUUUAAGUCCAUCUGAAGACAAUCAUUUGCGAAUUAAGAGAAAAACAGUUCGAGUCGGUGCUGAUGAAUAUGGAUUUAUUUUUAAGACAGAAUUUAAGCAUCACAAUCAUACGGAGAUGGAGAAUUUCCUAAAGGAGAUGCACGAGACAUACCCAAAGCUUACAAGACUUUACUCGAUUGGAAAAAGUGUUGAGAAUCGUGACUUGUGGGUGUUUGAGAUCUCGACAAAUCCAGGCGUUCAUGUACCUUUAAAUCCUGAAUUUAAAUACAUCGCAAAUAUGCAUGGAAAUGAAGCUGUCGGAAGGGAAUUGCUUUUACUCUUGAUCAAAUAUUUAUGUGAAAAUUAUGGACCGAACAAGCGCAUAACGGAUUUGAUUGAUAAGACGAGAAUCCAUAUAAUGCCAACAAUGAACCCCGAUGGCUAUGAAAUCUCAAAAGUUGGCGAUGAAGGUGGAUUGGUAGGAAGAAGUAAUGCGCAUAAUGUCGAUUUAAAUCGAAACUUUCCCGAUCAAUAUGGUGCGAAUGAAUACAACAAGUUUCAAGAACCAGAAGUUUUAGCAGUCAUGAAUUGGUCACUUGCUAAUCAUUUCGUAUUGUCUGCAAAUUUACAUGGCGGUGCCUUAGUUGCUAAUUAUCCAUUUGACGAUUCAGCAAAAGACUUUUUAUCUGAUCCAGAUCCGAAAACUGAAAUGAAUCCAACUGAGGAGAAUGACAUUUUCAAAUAUCUCGCAAGUACUUAUGCAACUGCACAUCGAACAAUGUAUCAAGGCAAUCCAUGUCCUUCAUUUAUUAGAGAAAGUUUCCCUGAAGGAAUUACAAAUGGUGCUGAUUGGUAUCCAGUUACGGGAGGCAUGCAAGACUGGUCAUACUUAAAAGGAGGCACCUAUGAAUUAACACUUGAAGUUGGAUGUUACAAAUUCCCACAAGAACAAGAACUGAGUAAAUACUGGAUGGAUAAUAGGGAAGCAAUGAUCAAAUAUAUAGAACAAGUACAUAUAGGAAUAAAGGGCUUCGUACAGAGCUCAAUAGGAACUUCGAUCAAACAUGCAGCUAUUUCUGUUAACAAUAUUCAGCAUGUGACUUAUACUGGAGACCAAGGAGAUUACUAUAGACUUUUACUUCCUGGAAAAUACAACAUUACAGUCACAGCUAAAGGUUAUGAACCACAAACAUCGGAAAUAAUAGUUCCAGAAAGUGGAAAUCACUCCUUAGUUUAUAGCUUCUAUCUCAUGAGAAAUGAUCCACAACAUUGGUCAUCAGCAUAUGACUUUAGGAUACUUGAGAAUAUUCUUCAUACAAAAUAUCACACGAAUCUUGAAAUCGAGACAGUUUUUCAAGAAUUACAGCGUAAAAACCCAUUAAUAGCACAAGUUCAAGAUAUAGAGAAUAUCCAAUACUAUAAUUCACUUAAAAUCACGGACAGCAUAGGAGAGACAGAAGAGACAAAAAUUCACAUUCUCGUACUAUCAAGUCUCUUUGAGACAUCGCCACUUGGAAGAGAAAUGGCAGUCAAUCUAGCUCGUCAUAUUAUUGAAGCAUAUAAAACAAAGGAACCGCUUAUGAUUGAACUCUUGAAAAAUACAGUCAUUCAUUUUGUGACUGUCAAUACAAAGUUUCAUAAUGUUUAUGAACAGUUUCUAGAGAAGAAGAAUGUCUGUGAUCCACAUUUGAAUGAAGAGCUUGGUGACAAGCUGCUUAGUGCUGAGUCUGAUACUGUCAAGAACAUAUUCUUUAAACUAUUUGAAAAAGAUGAAGUCUCACUAGCUUUAACAUUUACUGCUGGCGAUGACAGCAAUGUUCAAGUUUUGAAAGAUCGAGAACCUGUCUAUGCUGAAUUCGCUGCUCUUACGCAAUCUCAUUUAGGUGCACAGAAUCAAAUCUGUUCCUCAAAUUCGAUGCGAUUGAAUGAAAAUGAAUCUUUGAGGAAGAUUACUAAUCUCUUAUAUCACAUGUUUAAUCUACCUUUAUACACGAUAAAUCUCUCAUGCUGUAAAAUGCCAUCAGAAAGUGACAUUGCUGAUGUAUGGCGUGAACAUAUUCAAGGAAUCUUAAAGUUCAUUAAUAUGGGACGAACUGGAGUUAAAGGAUAUGUUAAGGAUAAGUAUGGAAAUCCAUUAAGAAAUGCACGAGUUAAGGUUAAAGGAAGUGAACGCGAAUAUAAAGUAACAAAGAAUUUAGGAUUCUUCCAUGUUGUCAUUCCGCAAGGCAGUUCCCAACUUGAAGUUAUGUGCGAUAAUUUCACGACCCGAGUAAUUAGUGUCAAUUAUGGCGAGGAUGUUGUAGACUUAAAGGAAAUUGUCUUGGAAUCAGACACAUCUGGAAAGUCUCAAAAACAUUAUGAAGUUUCUGGGUUUGUUGUUAAUGAUAAAGGAACUCCAAUCGUGGCUGCAGAAAUCGGAAUUAAAGGAAAUUGGAGGAAGCAGGCAUACACAAAUGCAUUAGGAGAAUUCGAUAUGAGUGAUAUUAAUGAAGACAAUCCAACAUUGACAGUUAAUGCUCAAGGAUAUAAGAAAAGUGAGAAACUUGUUGCUAUGAAUCUAGUUGGAACCACCAAAAAUGUCAUAUUUAAGCUACAGGAAAAUGAAGAUGACAUGGGGUUGUCCAAUCUACUCUUCAUCUUCUUUAUUUGUAUUACAAUUCUAUUUUCGGUUGUAUGCGUCACGUGCUGUGCAAUUAAUGGAUGUAAUUACAAAUGUGGAUGUUGUGGGGAUGGAACGAAAGGACGUAUAAUGAACAAUUAUAAAUUUUCAUUGUUAACAAGAAAGAAGCAGAAAAAUGAGCUAUUUGCGGACGAUGUUUAUGGCGAUGACAGUGAAGAGGAAGAAGAACUGUUUAAUCCAAUGAAAUCGAGAGAGCCAACAAUAAAACAAUACCGAGACAAUUUUUCGGACAAUGAUGAUUUAAGUGACGAUGAGGAUGAUUUAGUAGUCCUACCAAGUCGAUCAAUGCAAAUAGAAUGA